CUAAUCCCGAAUAUUCCUACUGAAUAUGAUAAGCAAGAUAUUUUGAAAUGGAUAAUAAAUAAACCACCGCAUCAUUUAUAUCUUGGUGAUUGGGUUCAAAAUAAUUCGUUACAACAUGGCGUGGUUUUACAGCAAUCGGGCCUUGGACAUGGAAAGCUUCCUGCCUUUAAAUUUUUAAAGGAGCCUGAAAUUAUAGAAAUAAAUAAAAUCCGAGUUUUAUUAAUACAACCUCAAACUCGCCAAGAAGCCUAUUUAUUGGAGAACGGUAUAAUUUUAAAGGAAGAAGAUGGAGUUGAGCUCGAUAAAAUCCCUUUUGCUGAGUAUGGCUCGACACUUAAUUAUCCUUUGGAAGAUUUUAAACAUUCUAAAAAUGUUCCUUCAGAUGCAAUUUAUUGCCAAAUUAUUUUUAAUGCGGUGAAGAUUUCGUUUAAUCUCUCAGACAUUAAAACUUUACCAGAUUUUUCACAUGCAGUAAAUACUGCACUUCGAAACAAUCUACCAUUUAAAAAGCUUUGUGAAUUAUUUGGAAAUAAUUAUGGUCAUUUAUUACCAAGAACUUUUACUUUGGGUGGGAUUUUGUCAAAAAAGUAUGAAUCUACAGGCAUAAUUUUACCACAAAAAAAGAUUGUUUUCGAAUAUGAUAUAGAUGAUUCUCAAACACCUCUAAACAUUGAGAAAAAGUUAGAAGAGUGGAACGAAGAAUUUAAACAUUUGAACACAUCAUUCUUUCUUAAUAAUAGUGGAGAUAUUAUUUAUCGCAAUAAGCUUGAUGAUUGGUUAAAAGAACUCAUUGAAAAUAGGCGUAGUGAUUGGAAUGUUGUUGCUUUCGAAGAUUGGGCACCAUUAUAUAAAUGUAUGAAGAAAACACACAAAAAUAUUGAUGAGACUUUUGAUGAUACUUAUCGCCUCGUUUGUAAUGGAGAAGCACCUUUAAAUAAAGAUCAAACUACAUCUAUUAUUAAGUUUCCAGAGUCACUCAUUGACGAUAAAUAUUAUAUUUAUGGAGUUGUUGUGAUGAGAAAUGCUAACGGUAAUUGGGAGGCAAUACCCAAGAUUUCUGUUCGUUUUGAUUAUCCUAACAGUAAUGGUUGUGUUGCAUAUAUACAUAUAAAUUGUGAUAUAAG